AUGUAAAAGGGUUUUUCCCCUGGACCAAAGGUGUCCUCAGAUUCCUCUUCCCGCAUCCUCUGGAGACUGACGUCGAAUAAGGAGGAGAGAAAUCGAAGAGGAAGAGGCAGGAGAUCGAGAUCGGGAUCGAGAUGCCGGUUUUGACGUGCAACGCGUGCAACAAGGAGUUCCAGGACGAGGUGGAGCAGAAGCUUCAUUACCGAUCUGAAUGGCACCGCUACAACCUCAAGAGAAAGGUAGCGGGAGUCCCAGGGGUGACUGAAGCAUUAUUUCAGGCUAGGCAGUCGGCCCUAGCUGAAGAGAGAAACCAGUUGAGUGCAACUGCAAUGUUGUAUGGUUGUGCUCUUUGUGGGAAGGAGUAUAGGAGCUCCAAGGCUCAUGAUCAGCAUCUCAAAUCACGAGCUCAUGCUAUGAAAGCUUCUCAAGAAUCAGAUCCUGCAAUUGCAGGAAUUACCAUAAUUAAGCCAAUUACUGGGCGCAUGCCAAACAAAUCAGCAUUGCCAAGCCAGUCCUCCACUGUGAGAGAAAUGGAUGACGAAGAAAGUGAAGAGAGUGAUGAUGAAUGGGUGGAGGUCGACCCAGAUGACGAGUUGGAAAUGGCAUCUGAAUCUCUGACUAAUCUGCAUGUAAAUGAACAAAAUUCUGGCUCUGGUGCUGACCAAUCUGAUGGCAUGGAUGAAGUUGAAGACUUGGACCCUUCAUGCUGUUUUAUAUGUGACCAAAAGCAUCAUGGCAUAGAAAGCUGCAUGGUUCACAUGCAUAAGCUGCAUGGGUUUUUCAUACCUGAUGUCGAGUAUCUGAAGGACCCUAAGGGCCUCCUUACAUAUGUUGGUCUUAAGGUGAGGAGGGACUUCAUGUGCUUAUAUUGCAAUGAGAGAUGCCAUCCUUUUCAAAGCUUGGAAGCUGUAAGGAAGCACAUGAUAGCCAAAGGUCAUUGCAAAUUACGAUAUGGAGAUGGAGGUGACGACGAUGAUGGGGACUUGGAAGAUUUCUAUGAUUACAGCAGCAGCUAUUUGGAUGCGGAUGGUAAGCAGUUGGUGGCUGCAACUGAUAUGGCUAAUAGCAUUGAGCUUGGAACUGGAGGAUCUGAGCUUAUUGUAAGACAAAGGACUGAUGGUGGGGUUCUUGUUCGAACUCUUGGAUCUCGGGAAUAUCUGCGUUACUACCGCCAGAAGCCACGACCUUCUCCUGCAAGAGAUAUUGCUCUAGCCAUUUCAUUAGCUUCAAGGUACCGAAUUCUGGGGUUGGCAACGGUGCAGUCAAAAGAGAGGAUUGUGAGGAUGAAAGUUUUAAGGGAGAUGAAUCGGAAUGGGGUAGAGGGUAUGCGCUCAAAAAUUGGAAUGAAGAGCAACGUUAUCAGAAAUCUUCCAAAUAAUGUCCCGUAUUAGCCCUGUUGCAGAGUUCUUGACCUGUAACAGCAGGUCUCUUCAUCUAGUAGAAUGGUGUGUAGUAAAAGCAGUGUAUGGUUAGUGAAUGAGAUUGCCGCAUAUAAAUUUAAUCAGGCUGGUUAUUUAUGCAUUCUACUUAGAACAUGGUCGCAUGAUGCUGUUCUCAUUUCCCAGCACUUUGUUUUGUUAUCAGAAUAGUUUUUGUAUGUUCAAACUCUUGAUUGCUUUUUUUGACGUCUGCAAAAGUGGGGUACAACCCAUAAGAUGCUGGGCACUUAUAUUGCCUCUUUUUGUUUAAUUAGAUAUAUAUUUUGAAGUUGGAUGGUAAUAGGAAAUGAUGGAAAGAAACUUGUUUAAGCCAAA